AUGGGCAGCUACGAUGGCGCCGAGACAUGUGUGCUAGUAGGAAGUUUCCUGCUUUCACAAUUACAACACCUUGAUGUCAACAUAGGGCUCUACAGAGACGACGGUCUAGCCAUUUCUAAUGCCGCACCGAGAGACACAGAAAACAUCAAGAAGGAAAUAUGCCAUGUAUUUAACUAAAAUGGACUACGCAUCACAAUUGAAGCCAAUAAACAGAUCAUUAACUUCCUAGACGUCACCUUUAACCUUAACAACAGCACCUACCGGCCCUUCACAAAGCCUAAGGGUGCGUUUCUUUAAAAAAAUCCAAAUCCGGAUUCUUGAAUCCAAAAACGGAUUUUGCGUUUCUUUAAUAAAAUCCGAAAAUGGAUUUUGAAUCUAUAGAAUCCACACUCCGAGUGGAUUCAUUAGAUCAAAUCUAAAUCCGGAUUUUUAGGAUUCAUGAUCCGUGCGUUUCUUUAUUGCACGGAUACAAAAAGCAGUACGUUUGGCAAGCGGUCGUCUUCUUAAAAUCCGCCACAUUCCCGCCAUUUUGUUGUAAAUAUUAGCUGCUGCCGGCCAUGGCGAAUAAACAAGGUGAGUUUUUUGUGUAGUUUCACCGAAAUUUUCCGUCCUGUACGUAUUUUUAUAAAUUUUCCGGAUGUUUGAUGCGUCUUGGCAUCUUUUAUUUCUAUCUACAGGACAAUAUUGGACGCACAGUUUAUCUGCAGGUGAAUAUCCAGAAUAUCAGUGGAACGAAAGCCACGUUCAACCGGGCAUUCAACCUUAUCUUCCUCAGUUCAUGUUUCCACCACCGCAGGCAUCACAGUUCAGCCAUGAAACAGUCAGAUCAGUAUCACCUCAGCCUGGUCCAAGUUUUUCUUCUUUGGAAACAACUGCAGCCACGUUCAGUCAGUCGAGGGAAGGCACCGAAGGCGAAUCGAGAGCUCUUGUACGCUGGUCUAGAGCUGAUGUGCUGUUGUUAAUUUCCUGCUAUGUCGAACGCAGAGAAUGAUUUAAAGAUAUAAACAAAAAGAACAAGUCCCUGUGGGAAGAAAUCAGCGAAGAAUUAAAGAAGAACGGAGUGUUCUUUAAUGCCAAGGCGUGUGAGACGAAAUUGAAAAAACUGAAGAGAAGUUAUGUUGCUUGUGUUGAUCACAACAAAGUCAGCGGAAAUGACCGAAAGAAAUGCAACUUCUAUGACGAACUUCACGAAAUAUUUUCGAAAGAUGAUGCCAUCGCUCCAAAAACAUUGUGCAGCAACAUUGAUGGUAAACGGAGCAAAGAUGCAGUCAAGAGUGUUAAAAAUUCCAGUUCCACAUUGAGUUCCACAGGUAGUGACACAGAGGAGCCUGUGGUUACAAAAGCAAAGAAAAAGAAGUUACCAGAGCGGAAGAAAAGAGAAGACCUCGUUGGGCUCUUUAAGGAAUUUACACAAGACAGGAAAGAGGAAGAAAAGGAAAAGAUUAAAAAGUUUGAAAAUAUGCACAAUGAACGCAUGGCACUCAUGGGCCGAUUUUUGAAUGUUUUUGAAAAAUCAUUGAACAAAGAGUAACCUUGGGCGCUUUCCAUUUACUCAAAAUUUCCGGAAUUUCCGGUUCGGCGGUAAAUGGAACACGUUUCGUCGGUUCGUUCCACUGGAAAAUUCCCAGAAAAAGUGGAAAAUCUAAAAAGGUGGUCCCGUUUUCCCGGUUGGAAUUUCCGAACGGAAUGUCGUGUUCCAUUGACGUUUCUUGUAGUUUGUACCAGUUCCAGGUCCACGGUCGGGCACCCGGCCACGUACCGGGGUUUACGACCAAAUGGAACAACUUUUUACCAAUCGGAAAUUCCACUUUUGCUACCACCGAAAUUUCCGGGUUUUUUUCGUAAAUGGAAAGCGCCCCUUGAUUCCAUAAUUUUUUCUUGUGUUGCAGAACAUGGGAUUAUUUGACCACAAACAUGAACAUAGAUACAGUAAACCUGAGUUUGUUGUCAGUAUUGAGUUAUCUAAAAGUUUAUUAUAUCAUUGUUAACAGUAUUAUUGCAAGUUGUAUGUUUUUUUUAUCACAUAUAUACAAGGAACUACAACAGCAACAUUAGGUGAGAGGGCCUAACUAAACUGGUUUUGAUAUUAUUUAUAUCCUUUACUUUUUUUAGCCUGAUUCUCAGAUGCUUCAGAUCACUUGUGUCACGCACUUCCUCCUUUCUGUGCGUGACACAAGCAACCUGGACUGUCAGAGUAUUAGGCUGUUACAUUUGUGUUGAAAGUUUACAUUUCAAGCAACACCAUAAAUGUUUCAGGUAGUAUAAAGUGAUCCAUGUACAUGGCUCUACUAUUUUCUUAUAUACUUUUAAAAACAAAUAAAAUAUUGAUAUUUAUAGCAAAAAGACUAUUAUACAGUAUAAACUUUAUGAAUGACAUACACCACCUAUGAAAGAAGUGUUCAUGAAAACACCACAGUACAAAAGGUAUCAAUACAUAAACCACUUAUAAAUGCUAGGUUUAUGGGAUCAGUCUCAUUAUCAUGUUUCUCUUAUCAACUGCUCCUACACCUGGUGGAAAGAUGUCAUCAUCAUUGUCAUCAUUGUCAUCAUCAUCAUUAGAGUCAUCUAAAAAAUCAUCGAUGUCAUCUUCAAUAAUGCAAAUGUUGUGUAAGAUGCAAGAGGAUACAAUAAUUUCGGUAUGUCCUCAAUUUUGUCAACAUCCAUCAUUGUUUUUUUAGCUUCCUAAACCUGUUCUUAAAAAGCCCUAUGGACCUCUCAACCACCAUUCUGGUGGAACUGUGGGCAGUAUUGUAACGUCUUUGUUGAGCAGUCAAACGUCCGUUGUCUCGAAAUGGGGUCAACAGCCACCUCUUCAAAGGGAUAUGCUGCGUCUCCCAAAAUGUGGGAGUUGCCAGGAAAAUAAUUGUCUGGGUUCACUUCAACUUCUCGGCAGAUCGGAGAAUUACGAAACACGCGAGCAUCGUGUACUGAACCAGGGUAACCACAGAAAACAUCGGUUAUGAAUAAAUCCGGGUCACAAAUGACUUGUAGUUGGACGGAAAAGAAACCUUUGCGAUUUAUGUAUUGUUCAUGAUUGUUAUGUGGUGCUUUGAUUGGUAUGUGGGUGCCAUCAAUAGCCCCCAAAACACCCGGAAAACCCUUUUUCUCUUCAAAGGCCUCCAUCACCGCUUGGGCUUUUAGACCAGUUGGAAACUUGAUAAACUCAUCCAUUAAGUUCGUCACUAUUGCUUUGCAAACUCGUCUGUAGACUCUGUACGCAGUUGCCCUGCAAACAUCAAAUCGAUCGGCAACAGAGCGUAAACAUUCUGGAUUCCCAAGAAUCCACAGCGUAAUAAGUAUUUGCUUUCUUAACUCGACCGGUGGUCUUCCUCUAUCGCCGGUGUAUUGAGGUAAGUCGCCGUGGACCGAAAGCAAAUGUUCGAGAACUGUAACUGUAUGCCGUGACAUGCGGAAGUGACUUCGGAAGUCCUCCGGUAUGUAACUAGGUACGGUUAUUUCGUAAAAAUUCUUUGUGCGAACGUGUUCUUUUCGGACGAGCUGUCCGGCCGCCAAAAGGAAUAAACUGCUUCGUCAUCGGCUCCUAAAAGAACCUGUUGUUGUUCAAGGUCAUCGGCAAGGACUUCUUCGAACAGUUCAAACAUCAAACCAAAACUUUCCGCCAUUUUGAAAACUCCCCCUCAAAACACGCGAACUGCAUGCUGGGGUCGUUACGGCUAAUUGAAAAAAAAUCCAUUUUCGGAUUUUUCGUGUCUUUAAAAAUAACGAAUCCGCAUGAUCUCGGAUUAAGAAUCCAAUCUUGGAUUUUUUUAAAGAAACGCACCCUAACACCACGCUACAGUACGUCUACGCGAGAGCAACCAUCCACCGAUCACCACAAAGAACAUACCCGCCGGCAUCAUCAGACGGCUAUCAUCCCUUUCGUCAGACAAAGCAUCAUUCGACCAAGCCACCCCCCCCCCCCCCGUACCAAAAAGCACUCGACGAAAGCGGAUACCACUAUACUCUACACUAUGAACCGACUACAACUGCUAAAUGGAGAAACAGACAACGCAACAACAUCCUCUGGUACAACCCCCCGUUCAGCAAAAACGUCAACACCACCAUCGGUCACAGAUUCCUCACCCUAG